GCUUACCUCAGUUCUAGAACCUAGCUUAUAGCUUCAGCUUCCCUACAAAUCUUUCACAUCAACCAUGUUCUCUCUAAAAAGCAUGCCUUCAAUUACAUCAGUUCUAUCAGCAUAUACGACCUUCGCUGCAGUCGCAAUGCUGGUCCGGACUAUCCUCAAUGAGUUCAAAACCAUAGCCAGCCAGCUCAUUCCCCAAAAACUCCAAGAGAAUUUCCUAUCGAGGCUUGAAAGCCUUUUUGGAAAUCUCUCAUCUCAAAUGACUCUCAUCAUUGAUGAAUACAGUGGGCUUUCCAUCAAUGAAAUUUACCAGGCUUCUGAACUCUAUUUGACCACAAGAAUUACCCCCUCAAUCCGGCAACUUAAGGUUUUCAAGACCCCGCGUGAGAAGAACCUCUCCAUCACAAUCGGCAAAGGAGAAAAGAUUGUCGACACGUUCGAGGGGAUACAUUUGACAUGGGAAUUCAUUUCCACUGAAAAGCAGAAAUCAAAUGAUUCUGAAAGAAAAGAUUCUCCGGCGACAGAAACGGCCGAAAGUAGAUCAAUUUUGCUCAGUUUUUCCAAGCAAUACAAGGAAAAGGUACUUAACACUUAUCUGCCACAUGUAGUAGACAGAUCAAAAGCCAUACAGGAAGAAAAGAAGGUGUUGAGACUCUAUUCAAUGGGACUCCACUUCACAUGGAAAUACGUUCAUCUUGAACACCCAUCCACUUUUGAGACACUGGCAAUGGAUCCAAAGCAAAAGAAAGAGUUGAUAGAUGACUUGGACAGAUUUGUGAAGAGAAGAGAAUUUUAUAGGAGAGUGGGAAAGGCAUGGAAACGUGGGUAUCUGCUAUAUGGCCCUCCUCGUACAGGCAAGUCAAGCUUGAUAGCAGCCAUGGCUAAUUACCUGAAAUUUGACAUCUAUGAUUUGGAGCUUACAAAUCUGCGUAGCAAUUCAGAGCUCAAGAGACUCUUAGCCUCUACCCCAAAUCGAUCUAUUCUUGUAAUUGAAAAUAUUGAUUGUAGCACUGUGCUGCAAGACCGAAAACAUCAAGAACGCCAUCAUUUCUUUCACGGCGGCAGCGGUCAGCUAACACUAUCUGGGUGGCUUAAUUUUAUUGAUGGGCUUUGGUCAAGCUGUGGAGAUGAGAGAAUUAUUGUGUUCACAACCAACCACAAAGACAAAUUAGACCCUGCACUGCUGAGGGCAGGCUCCAUAGACAUGCACAUCCACAUGUCCCAUUGCACGCCAUCCGGGUUCAAAAUCCUUGCUUCCAACUACUUGGGAAUUGAAAGUCACAGCAACUUCACUGAAAUAGAAGGACUCCUAAAGCAGGUGGAGGUUACCCCCGCAGAGGUUGCAGAAGAGCUGAUGAAAAGCGACGAUGUUGACAUCGCCCUUACAGGGCUGGUUUCAUUCCUUCAACGUCUAAAUGGUCUAAUAUAGAACAGAAGAAGAAGGAGCAGUUGUCAUGCACUGAAGAAUCUAAAUUGGAAGGAGAAGUCAAUAAACAAGGAAAACCAAGUCCCAAAAAGGGAGGAAGAAAGGUGGGAGUAUGUCUUUGUGUUUGAGUUAGUUCGGAAGUGUUUGUGUGAAAUAAGUUAUGAUAAUAGUCGUGUGGAGUCUCCAUCAUAUCAUGGAUUGUAAAAGGGGCAUCCAAUUAUAUAAGCUGGUGCCUAGUCAGUUGUAAACUCUAUUUAAGUUAAGUCAGUAAAUCAAUGCUUGUGUUU